CACACACACACACACACACACACACACACACACACACACACACACACACACACACACACACACACACACACACACCUCAUGACUCAUGCCAUUUGACAAAGAUGCAAUUUAGCAGUGAGCUUUGCGGAGGGGGUAGAGAGACGGGGAAAAUACAGAUGUGAGAGCGUGUCUCUGGAAGAUAAAGAUAGAAACCCAUUGAAAAGCGCGGGCUGGAUUAAGCUUCUGCUUCGGCUGUGAAACGAGUAGAGGGGGGGGGGAGGACGAGAAGCAGGAGAAAGCUCAUUGUGGGUCGACGGGCGAGGGAGAGAAAGAAAGGGAGAGAGAGAUGGGGGUUUAUUUUAUUUCAUAAUAUGGUAUUUCCAAAGAGCAGCAUCACAGCGAGCGCGGGGUGAAGGAGGGCAGAAUGCAGCAGAAACAGGAUUCUCAGAGCCGAGCCCCGGGCAGCUUUGGGAAGGCUCACCCGGCGCUCAAAGCCUUCAUGUGCGGCUCUCUCAGCGGCACCUGCUCCACGCUGCUCUUCCAGCCUUUAGAUCUGGUCAAGACUCGACUACAGACCCUGCAGAACAACGCCAAGCCGGGCGCUCCAAAGGUGGGGAUGUUCAAGGUUUUCAUCACUGUCAUAAGGACGGAGAACUUCUUCAGUCUGUGGAAGGGAGUGUCACCGUCGUUUGUGCGCUGCAUCCCCGGGGUGGGGAUCUACUUCAGCACCUUCUACUCCCUGAAGCAGCACUUCUUCCUGGACCGGGCACCCAACGCCGGGGAGGCCGUUCUGCUCGGAGCGGGCGCCAGAACCGUGGCCGGCGUCUCCAUGCUGCCGUUCACUGUCAUCAAGACCCGCUUUGAGAGCGGCUGUUACAACUACGUGAGCGUGGCCGGCGCCCUGAGGAGCGUGUACGAGACGGAGGGACUCAGGGCUCUGUUCUCGGGCCUGACCGCAACGCUGCUCCGGGACGCUCCGUUCUCCGGCAUCUACGUCAUGUUCUACAGCCAGGCCAAGAAGACGCUGCCUCAAGAGGUCGCUUCGUCGGCCUACGCCCCGCUGGUCAACUUCGGCUGUGGGAUGGUUGCCGGCGUCAUGGCGUCGUUGGUCACACAGCCUGCAGACGUGGUGAAGACCCACAUUCAGAUCAGCCCGUCCCACUGGAGCAUGGCGGACGCUAUCCGCUACAUCCACAAGGAGAACGGCAUGGCUGGGUUUUUUCGCGGGGCCGUACCCAGGUCUCUGCGACGCACUCUCAUGGCCGCCAUGGCUUGGACUGUCUACGAACAGCUGAUGGCUCGAAUGGGCCUCAAAUCCUGAAGAGCCGCGACGAGACCGAGACCGGAUACGUCUGAGUUUGUGACUGACAGAAGUUUCUCACUGGAAGUCCUGAAAGUGAAAGUGAACAAGGGGCAGCAAAACCAAGAACUUAGAAAAGAGGAACCAGGUGGAUAAAUGUCUGAGUGGAGAGAGUAAGGAUGCUGUGUGUGUCCGUGUGUGUGUCCGUGUGUGUGUGUGUGUGUGUGUGUGUGUGUUGGUAUUUAAAUGUUUGUGUGCGUGAGUUUGCACCUGACACACUCUUAUGUAAAUCUUGGAUUGGAGUGACGCUCCCUGCUGUGAAGUGAUCUCAUUCCUCCUCUCGUUUUUACAUUUGGACGCUCUGACGUGUAUCCAGCACUUAAAAAAAGGCUUUUCCCAGAGGGCCUGUAACCGUGACAACCCUGAGUUUUUUUUUUUUUUUAUUUAUUUUUUUUUUUUAAAUGCUGUGAAGAGAAAUGGGACAUUCUCCGAGCUGGUGUCCCGUCUGCUGAGGUAACCAAAAGGAGCUCUGCACAUAUUUAUGAUACGUGCUUUGGAUUGAGCGAUCUUUUCUUUAAUGCCAACAACAAGCAGACUUUAUUGUUUUCAGGCUCCGACAAUCAUGAGUGCUCACAGAGCGGCAUUGUGGGUAGACAAAAUCACAAUAAAGCUGUUGUUGCCGUGCUAACUAUGCUAAUAUAAAGUUUUUAUGAAACUGGAGCAAGUUUAACUCUGCACAAGCUCAACCAGAUGUUCUUCUAUUUGUGUUUCUAUCGCUGUAAGGUCAGGGGGGUGUACUACGAAGCAGGUUUUUUGGGUUGUCAAGGUAACGUCAGGGUUAACUCUGGGCAACCGGUAUGAAACUCUGCCUUCUGACGGGACGGGGCGCAGAUGGGUCACGGGUUUGAAUCCCACCUGCAGCUCCUCUCCCACAUGUCAUCUCUGACUCUCCCUCUCCCUCUCUCUCUCUCUCUCUCUCUCUCUCUCUCGUGCUUAUUAUCUACUCUAUCCACUUUUCUUUCAAAAUAAAGGCAUGAAUCGCCCCAAAAUCUAUUAAUUAAACUGCCUUCUGAUGGGGCACAGAUGGCCUAGCGAUUAGAUCGUGCCCCAUGUUACAGAGGAUAAAAUCCUCUAAGCGAUCGACCCGGGUUUGAAUCUGACCUGCAGCCAGUGUCUUUUUAAAUGGCCGUAGUUUUUAAAAACAUUUUUAAUACCUUUUAAUUCAGUCGCUCAUUAAAUGAACAGAUUAUAUCGUUUUAAAACAUGCACUCUUAAAAAGUGUUAUUACUAUUUUAACAACCGUAGUUCAUUAUCCUGUACGCUUACAGGAAGCUGACUCCGCCUCUGAUUUGUGAGCACGCUCAUUAAGCUCCGAGUUAACUGACCACGUUGAUAACCAGCUGUGUGAUCUCAUUUGUCAGCGUUGGUGAAGCCAGGUGACCAGGGUUUGUUGAACUUGCUUCAUACUAUACCCCCCGGGAGUUUUUAUGAGUUAUGUCUUUUAAAGGCCUUUUUUAAAAUAAAAAAAAAUGUACGAUGUCAAAAACA